GCCACAAGAAGGCGAGGAGCUCGCGCAGUCAUUGGGAAAUCCGGUCCGGAGGGAAGAUUCUAAACGGGAAGGCAGCAGGAGAGUCCAUCUGGGCAGGUGGAGGGGGGUGUAGAAUCUACCACGACGUGGGAAGUGGACAAUGGCUCAGCAGCAUAAACGAUCUUGGUGCAAAUGCAAAUUGUAGCUGCUUUUCAGAAAUUUAAGGGGGAAACAAGGAAGAUGACAUCAAAUCCUUCUGGACAAGGCUUUCCGAAUAAAAACAGGGUUGCAAUCUUGGCUGAACUAGACAAGGAAAAGAAAAAACUUCUGAUGCAAAACCAGUCUUCUACUAAUCACCCAGGAGCCAAUAUCUCUUUGGCUAGAUCCUCACUUAACAAGGAUUUUCGGGAUCACGCCGAGCAGCAGCACAUAGCAGCGCAGCAGAAGGCUGCUUUACAGCACGCUCAUGCCCAUUCUUCAGGAUAUUUUAUAACACAAGACUCAGCCUUUGGGAAUCUCAUUCUGCCUGUAUUACCACGGCUAGAUGUAGAGUAAGAGAAAAUUCAUGAAACAGAAAACAUCUGGAUUCAUCUAAGCUGCUUUUUCAACUUUUAGGGAAUCAUUUGUGAAAAGAACUGAGAAUUGUUCAAAAUGGUUUUGAUUUUGAAUUCCUGAUAUUUUGGUUUUGGGAGACAACAUAAAAUGUAUUCUGGAAAUAUGCUGCUUUUAUUCUAUUACAUAUGCAUUGUAUAAAGAACCUGUUUUCAUUUUCUAGUACACGUGAAUAAGGCUUAAAAUCAGAAAAUGGAGAGGGGAAGGAAGUACAGUGUCUCUGUAACAGAAAGAUCUAUAACUCUUACUACCCAUUUAUUAAAUCGGUUAUGCAUAAAUUUUACUGGUGAAUUGUAAUAGUUCCUAAUACCAUGAAAAGUAGAAUGUUGGAGUUUGCAAAUGAGAAAUAACUACAUGCAUGGGACAAAUGUUUCAAAUAAAUGUAAUGUUUAAUUUAA